CCUCCCGAUUCUCCGUCUUCUAUCACUGAGUAUAAAUACACACAUCUAAGUCUGUCUAAGUCCAAACCUGUAAUCUCACCUUCAAUUUUUUCCUUCAUUUUUCGGAAACUACAGAUCUGUAAAUGGCGGGCGGCGCAGCAUCCUCCAACGCCUCGAGACAGAGGAAGAGAGUGGAGGCUGAAUCCGCCUCUCUCAAACGCGCUAGAGACGGCAGCGCCUUUACUAAAUGCGAGGAAUGCCACAAGGAUGUGGCGGUGGCUUUGAUUAGCUUCCACAACUGUAGCCUUGAUGCUAAGAUUAAGAUGAAUCUAGAGUCUCAGGUUGUGGAAAUGGCUGAGACGAAGAAGAAGGCAUCAGCAGAGAAAAAGAAGACAAAACAAACUGAUUCGAAGCCAAAGAAGGCCAAAAAUCCAAAUGGGAAGAAACGUCCUCCCACUGCUUUCUUCUUGUUCAUGAAUGACUUUAGGAAAUCGUUCAAGGAGGCUAAUCCUGACUGCAAGAGUGUUGCCACGGUUGCAAAGGAAGGUGGUGAGAAGUGGAAAUCAAUGAAUGAUGGUGAGAAGAAAGUGUAUACUGAUAGAGCUGCAGAGCUUAAAGCAGAGUAUCAAAAGGCAACUGAAGCUGAAAAUGAGCAUGAUGAUGAUGACUCAACUGAAAAUGAGGUCAAGGAUGAUACAGCUGAAGAUGAGGUAAAGGAUGAUGCAGCUGAAGAUGAGGUCAAGGAUGAUGAAGCUGAAAAUGAGGUCAAGCAUGAAACAAAGGAGACAUCUGAGAAAGAGAUUAAGGAUGAUAUAACUGAUGAAGAGAUCAAAGAGGAAGAAAUAGAAGAUGAUGAAUAGUCCACCUGGCCAGUUGAAUGCUAAAUAUAGGCAAUUUAGGAUAGCUUUUUAGGCCUUAUGAUGCUCAAUUUGCUUCAAGCAAGCUUCUUGUAUAUCUACCUUCACUUGUGCACUGCUGAUAUUGUUUUGAGGAAAUUUUGUGAAAGGGAAAUGGUGCAUUUGGUGUUU